AUGCCGGGCGCAUUGGACGGAAUCAAGAUUCUGGAGUUCACGGAGAUCAUCGCGGGACCUUUCGGCGGCAUGCUGCUCGCGGACAUGGGUGCGGAUGUCAUCAAGGUUGAACCGCCGUGGGGAGACCCCUGGCGGCACGCUUUUCCGAUAGAGCCGGGCGAGAGCAAGACCUUCAUGAGCCUCAAUCGCGGCAAGCGCAGCCUACCCCUUGACCUGACUAAGCAAGAGGGGCGUGAUGUGGUCUAUCGUCUAGUUCCUCACAUGGAUGCGGUCAUUAUCAACUAUCGCCCCGACGUGCCGUACAACCUGGGCAUCGAUUACGAGACGCUCUCCGCGAUAAACCCGCGUCUCAUCUACUGCGAGAACACCGCCUUCGGGCGCAACGGGCCCCACAGCCAACGGCCAGGAUACGACAUCAUAGCGCAGGCGAUGACCGGCAUACUGGCAUCAGAGGACAAGAUAAAUAACGGAGUGCCGCAGCAGGUUACUUCCACGCCCGUUGCCGACUUCUCAACGGCUCUUGCCGCAGCAUGGUCUGUUUGCGCCGCGCUGUUUCACAGGGAGCGCAGCGGCAAGGGGCAGAAGAUUGAGACCACCUUGCUGGGCUCGGCGCUUGCCGUCCAAUCAAUGCGAUUCAUGGAGGUCGAGCGCACCGACAGCGAAAGCCGUGCCGAGUUCUACGAAAGUCUGAAGGUGAUGCAGGAAGCAGGUGUACCUUACGAGGACAUGCACAGCUUCUAUCGGGAACACUUUGACCGACGGCGCGCGUCUUCCUUGCAGGUGUACUACCGUACAUAUCAGGCUGCCGACGGUGUUCUGGCGGUAGGCUGCCUGAGCGACCCGCUUCGCAAGCGCCUCAUAGAUGUGCUCGGACUCGCGAUAUACGAUUUGAGCCGGACUACGACAUACGCGGCGGGAGUACCUGCAGGACCCGUGCGCUUCGUUGAGGAGUUGGUCAAUGAUGAGCAGGUGGUGUCCAACGGCCUCGUCCUGGAACUUGAGCACUCGGUUGUCGGCAAGGUGAAGAUGGUAGGCCCUAUGCUGAAAAUGAGUGAAACUCCCCUUGAGCCAACCAUCGCCUCCCCUGCCCUCGGCGAACAUACAGACAGCGUGCUGACCCAGUACGGCUACGCUCCCAAGCAGAUUCGGGAACUGCGCGAACUCGGCAUUACUCGCUGA